AUGAAUCCAAAAGACAAAAAUUUAUUAUCAUCCUCAUCUGUAUCCUCUAUUUCGUCUUUAUCAACAGAAUCUAUAUCUCCAGUCUCUCAGGACAAUGAUGAACCUGUCAUCGUUAAAGAACUCUUAAAUAUAUUCAAUGAAAUGAGUGAUAAUUACGAAGAUGACAGAAUAAUUGCAAUCAGAAUUCGAAAAUAUUUACUUGACAAUGAUAUUCAUCAGAAUGAAUUUUUUGAAAUGCUAUCGAGAUCCCAAAACACACCAAGAAGUAUUUCAUUUUUGGCAUUUUUGUAUUGUCGGGGGAUUGGAGUUGCCGAGAAUAAAGAAAAAACUUUUGAGGUUUAUCAAAUUGCUGCAAAUAUGGACGAUGCUUUAGCCCAAAAUCAAUUGGGAUGGUGCUAUUACUAUGGAAUUGGAACUAAAGUUAACUAUGAUAAAGCAUUUGAAUGGUUUCAGAAGUCUGCAAAGACUUAUGCGACGGGGCAAGGAUGGCUUGGAGUAUGCUAUUCAAGAGGGCAUGGAGUAAAACAAGACUAUGAUGAAGCUUUUAAAUGGUACAAAAUGGCAGCUGAUGCUGGUGACCAAUGGGGAGCAUUCCACGUCGGGCAUUAUUAUAGAGAAGGAAUAGCUGUAGCCAACCCCAACCAAAAAGAAGCCGUAGCUUAUUACCGAAAAUCUGCAGAGAAACAAAACAUCACUGGUCAAUACUGGCUCGGAUACUGUUACACGGAAGGAAUAGGUGUCGAAAAGGAUGAGAAACAAGGAUUCGACUGGUUCAAAGUUGCUGCAGAUCAGGGAAGCGGGUUUUGUCAGUUUCAGGUUGGAUGUUGUUACCGUGAUGGAAUUGGAGUUAAAAAAGAUUGCAGAAAAGCAUCGUAUUGGUUCCAACUUGCUGCGAAUGAAGAACCAACUUUUUAUUAUUUGGGGGAUUUUUAUCAAACAGGAACUGGGGUAGUGUGUGAUAUUCAUCGUGCAUUGCGAUUGCUACGAAAAGCAAAGGAAAGCGAACACAUAGCGCUGUAUUAA